AUGUCAGCCAGAGAAAAGAGGGACAGACAAUCUGGAGGGAAUGUUAUGAAUGGGAUACCAACAAAUGGAAGCGAAUCAUCAAUACCGUUUGAAGUCAAUGCUAUUGAAUAUAGCCAUCCAUCAUGGAGUGAAGAGAAUGGAGCCCCAUUCACAAAAGAAAAGAUCAAAUCUAUUUUGUAUAAGAUUACAAGAAUCUUCAGCUUUCAAAUAGAUAAUUAUGAAAACGUAUAUGAGCUCUUAAUGAGUCAAUUAGAUUCAAGACUGAGCAGAAUGCCAUGCAGAUCCGCAUUGAUAUCAUUACAUUACGAUUAUAUAGGGGGAAAUAGGUCCAACUAUAAGAAUUGGUACUUUAUGGCUCAAUACGAGUUAGACGAGAGUAUUUCAGACAAGAGAAUUUGGAAUCAUCUAGACAAGUACAAAAAAUUCAUCAAGAUGCAGAAAACUCCAGUUUCACUAUCCGACUUGGGUGAACAAGACAAUUUGAUAUCCUUGGAUUUCAUGUGGGUUUUAAAACAACUGAAAUUCUCCAAUGAAGAUUACAUUUUGCAAUUAGGUCUUUAUUUACUUAUUUGGGGUGAAGCAAACAACAUAAGGUUUCUACCUGAAUGUGUGUGCUUCAUUUUUAAAUGCUGUUUGGAUCAUUACUAUUCCUUAUCUCCAAGCUUGGAUAUUGAAUCUUAUGAGAAUUCCUUGACUUUUUUACAAGAUGUUAUUACACCCAUCUAUAAAUUCAUGAAUCUUCAACAGUAUAGGAUGAUUGAUGGAAAAUGGAUUAGGAACAAUAAAGAUCAUAACUCAAUUAUUGGAUAUGAUGAUAUCAACCAAUUUUUCUGGUACGGUGAAAAUUUACUGAAAAUCAAACUAUUGGAUGAAUCUACAUUAUUCAGCUAUCCAAAAGAGGAUCGAAUCUUGAAGUUCGGUAGUAUCAGAUGGAGUUCUUGCUUCUACAAAACUUUCAAGGAAAAGAGAACUUGGUUCCAUCUAUUCACCAAUUUUAGUAGAGUAUGGAUAAUCCAUGUUGUGAUGUAUUGGUACUAUACUAGUUAUAACGCUCCUACGCUAUAUACUGUCAAUUACGUUCAACUUCUCGACAAUAAACCACCACUUCAAGUGACAUUGACAGUCAUUUCAUUGGGUGGUUUUUUAUCUUGUUUGAUAUCCUUCGUUGCAACUAUUUUUGAAUAUUCAUUUGUUCCCCGUAAGUUUCCAGGAUCUCAAAACUUAUUUGCUAAGCUAUGUUACUUAUCGAUUUUGACAGUUAUCAAUGUUCUGCCAUCGAUUUAUGUUUUGUAUUUCAUACCCAUCACAGCAUAUUCUAGUAGAGGUGUGCUCAUUGGGAUAAUACAAUUCGUAAUUUCCGUGAUAACUUUCCUAUAUUUGGCUGUACAAUCGCCUGCUAGAUACUUUGAGGCAUUGAUCAUCAGAUCAAAUACGAACUAUGUGAAGUCUAAGACAUUCACAUCAAACUUUGCUCAGUUGACUAACCGGGGACGACUAUUUUCUAUAACAUUAUGGGUCUGUGUGUUCCUGCUUAAAUUCUCAGAGUCAUACUACUUUUUGACUUUGUCAUUGAAAGAUCCUAUUAGAAUCCUAUCAAUUCUCGACUUGUCCCGAUGCAGAGGUGACGUAUGGCUUGGUAAAUUACUAUGUGAAUAUCAUGGAAAACUUCUUUUGGUGUUGUUGCUAAUCACUGAUUUGGUCCUAUUCUUCCUUGACACUUACUUGUGGUACAUCAUAUGUAACUGUAUAUUUUCAAUGUGCCUUUCAUUUUCAUUGGGAGUUCCAAUAUUUACUCCGUGGAGAAACAUUUUUGUUAGGCUACCUGAAAGAAUUCAAACUAAAUUAAUUUUCAUGAAUGAAAUUACAAGUCAAUCAGCUCAAAAUGGUGAAGGUAUUGGAAAUCUAACAAGUUACCAAAGCAAAGGGAUAUAUUUGGUACUGAAGAUUUGGAAUAGUAUAAUCAUUUCAAUGUACAAGGAACAUUUAUUGUCCUUGGAACAAACGAACAAGUUAGUUUACCAAUUCUUGGAGUCGGAUGAUUUCAAUCCAUAUUUUGCAGGCGAUUUCAUCCCUAUCUCAACACCCAUCAAUAAAACCACAAUCAAACCACCUUUAUUCUUCAUCUAUCAAGAUGAUAACACAUUCAAGUUGAAUGACUUUUUCACUCCAGGAAAGGAUGCCGAGAGGAGAAUAUCUUUCUUUGCACAGAGUUUAUCAACCCCCAUUCCGGAGCCGAUUCCAACGACAGCAAUGCCAGGCUUCACUGUCUUGGUGCCCCAUUAUUCAGAGAAGAUAUUGUUAAAUUUAAGAAAUAUUAUCAAAGAAGACCAAGGGUCCAAAGUAUCGGUUUUAGAUUAUUUGAAAACUUUGAACAAAUUUGACUGGGAUACAUUUGUUCAAGACACAAAGAUUUUGAAUGCAAGAUCAUCAAAUAGACUGGGAGGUGAGGGGGCAGAAGAUGAGAAGCUACUGAUAUUUCAAGAUAAGUAUGACGAGCUACCCUUUACUUAUGUUGGAUUCAAAAAUUCAUCUUAUGAAAACACUUUGAGAACUAGGAUCUGGUCUUCAUUAAGAUCACAAACUCUAUACAGAACAAUUUCAGGAUUUAUGAAUUACGAAAAGGCUAUAAAACUUCUUUAUGAAUUAGAGAAUACUAAUCAAAUAACCAAAGACGUAUAUCCUCAAGAGGUUGAGCAAGAGCUUGACGAUUUUGUCUCUAGGAAGUUUAAUUUGCUACUUACAUCCCAGAGAUUCCAAAAGUUUACCCUAGAAGAACAUAAUGAUGCCAGAGUGUUAUUCGGAGCAUUUCCUAAUAUCAGGGUUUCUUUCAUCAUUGAAGAGAUGGACCCCAUAACAAGCGAAAAAGUGUAUUAUUCAGCAUUGUUGGAUAGAGAAAAGUAUCUUAAGGCUUGUGAUAAAGCCAUAGAAGAGAACCGACCUUUUGUGGAAUUUCCUACUAAAUUCAAAAUCAGAUUACUGGGAAACCCCAUACUAGGAGACGGGAAGUCUGAUAAUCAAAAUCAUUCGAUAAUUUUCUACAGAGGAGAAUAUAUUCAAGUUGUUGAUGCAAAUCAGGAUAAUUAUUUGGAAGAGUGCUUAAAGAUCAAGUCAGUGUUGGCGGAUUUUGAAGAAUUUGAAGUCAGUUGCAACCAAGAAUACAUUCCUGGAAUUUGGUCCGAAUCUGAUAACUUGACUAAAGAUAAUCAAGUGGCAAUUGUAGGAGCUCGUGAAUAUAUAUUUCUGGAAAAUAUUGGGGUAUUGGGUGAUAUUGCAGCUGCCAAAGAACAAACUUUCGGAACUUUGUUCUCAAGAACACUAGCUGAAAUAGGUGGUAAAUUACAUUAUGGACACCCUGAUUUCUUGAAUGGUAUCUUCAUGACCACAAGAGGGGGUGUUUCUAAAGCACAAAAAGAAUUACAUUUGAAUGAAGAUAUUUACGCCGGUAUGAUGGCAGUUUGUAGAGGUGGUAGAAUCAAACAUAGCGAUUACUACCAGUGUGGGAAAGGAAGAGAUCUAGGUUUCGGUACCAUCUUGAACUUCACUAUUAAGAUAGGUGCUGGUAUGGGUGAACAAAUCUUAUCUAGAGAGCAUUAUUAUUUAGGAACAGGGCUACCAAUCGACAGAUUUCUAACCUUCUAUUAUGCUCAUGCAGGUUUCCACAUAAAUAACCUAUUCAUAUCUUUGAGUACCACAUUGUUCAUGUUAGUAUUGGCAGUACUAGGAUCACUACGCCACGAGGUAAUUCUAUGUGAUUACAAUCCCCAUCAGCCAAUUACAGAUCUACAAGAGCCCCUUGGAUGUUACAAUCUAGAGCCUGUCUUACAUUGGGUAUCGAGAUUUGUGUUGUCAGUUUUCAUUUGCUUCUUUAUUUCGUUUUUACCUUUGUUGUUCCAAGAAUUAAUAGAAAAGGGGUUGGCCAAAGCCAUAUCAAGAAUAAUUUAUCAUCUAGUAUCAUUGUCACCGUUAUUUGAAGUGUUUGUAAGUCAAAUUUAUUCACAAUCCUUGGUGGAUAAUAUGUCCUUGGGAGGGGCCAAGUACAUCCCUACAGGUAGGGGGUUUGCCACAUCUAGACAAUCAAUAUCCAAUUUGUUUUCCAGGUAUGCUGUUUUGUCAAUUUAUAAGGGGGUUUUAUUUUCCAUUAUUAUAAUUUUUGCAACCAUCACAAUGUGGCAGCCAUCAAUAUUAUGGUUCUACAUCAGUUUCAUAUCAAUGAGUCUUGCACCACUAUUAUUCAAUCCUCACCAGUUUAGCUGGGAUAAAUUCUUCAUUGACUAUAAAGAAUUACUUCAUUGGUUUAGUAGGGGGAAUAGUAAAUGGCACAAUAGCUCAUGGUAUGGUUAUCAGAAACAGAUAAGAGGUAGAUUGUUGGGAUACAAGAAGAGAGAUUCUGCUCAUCUCGAGAAGAAAGGGAAGAAUGACCAAGUAUUGACGUCAAGACAAACUACUGAUAUUAAAGUACCUUUCAUCAACAGACUCAGCGAUCUUGUGUUAUUACCUUCGUUGCUAUGGAGCGUGUAUGCAAUGUCAUAUCUAUUUAUAAAUGCACAAACGGGGGUAGCCAUUGGUGAGCUCAGAAGGGUAAACCCCAUCUUAAGAAUUGCGUUAUUGGCAAUACUCCCUGUUUCUUUGAAUUCAUUGACAUUGAUAAUUACAUUUGUAAUAUCGUGUGUACUUGGACCUGUCCUCAGGUUCAAGAAAUUUGCUUCAUUCAUUGCAACAAUCAAUCAUGUGAUGGCAGUAUUGAUUGCAAUUAUCGACUUCGAGAUUUUGUAUUACUUGGAAAACUGGGAGAUCAACAAAACCUUAUUAGGUCUUGUAACCAUUGUAAUGACUCACAAAAUAAUGGCUGGCGUGGUAUAUCUUUUCAUUUCUAAAGAAAUGUCUCAUGACACAAUAAACCAUACUUGGUAUUCAGGUAGAUGGUUCAAACAGAACUUCGGAUUAUUAUAUUUCACACAACCUUUCAGAGAAUUCAUCAUCAAGAAUAUUGAAAUGAUAUGCUUCGGAUAUGAUUUUUUGAUUUGCCAUCUAUUACUAUUCUCGAUUGUUCCAGUUUUGAUCAUACCCUACAUUGACAAAAGCCACACAUUAAUGUUAUUUUGGUCAAGAACCAAUAGAUUCAAGAACCCCAUUGUCUCCAAAAGACAAGUGAGGAGAAUGAGAUGGGUUGUUUUUAGGUACUCUGUAUUAUUUUUUGCAAUGAUGAUGACUUUCAUAUCACUAAUAUUAGUCCCCAAAUUCUUGGGUGGCCAAAUUCCAAAUUUGAGAGAUAUCCGGAUUCUUCCAAACAUGGUCAAAGAAAUAAUGGCCCCUGGAGAACAAAAUCAUAAUGAUACAGGUAGUAAUGCACCAUUGACUGUACUUCGAGGUAGGCCCGAACCGAUUACCAUGAGGACCGUUCCGUAG